AACAUCGAAAGGUGUGUAUAAAAUAUAAAGAUGGCCUUUAACCUUUUGAUAUAGGUAGUUGUAAAAAGGUUGUUGAAGAAACCGGUUUUAAUUAUCUUUUUAUCGAGUUUAUUUCGUUGCAGUGAUAAGAAGUGGAUAGGGCACUUUUAUAGAAAAACAUCGUGAUGUUUUUGCGAUAGGCAAGUCUCCGGAAACCGUUGUAAUUUUGCUGCAAACUGGGCAGAAGCCUAAAGGAAAUUUUAUUUUAGGCCCCAGCAGAGCAGGUGUAUUUACGAGCCGAUGGAGGAAUUUCAACAAAGCGACAAGGAAAUGCCAACUGAUGGUGUAAUCACUCAAAAUUCCAAAGGGAAAAGGCAAGAAAUAGAUUGGGGAAAGUAUGGUUUGUCGGAGAAAAGCUCGUACGAACGGCGACGUUCAACCGGCGGGAAUUCUGCCUCUCAGAAUGGUGUUACUUCUGAAACAUUGCGUCGAGAAGUUAAAGAAUUGUUUGAAGAGGAAGGAGAGCACCAGGCCCACGAACCAUGGUGGAAAACUUCUUUCUUCAUAACAAAGACUCUUCUCUUCGGCACCUGGGAUGGUGUUUUUACAACAUGUCUCAUGAACAUCGUCGGUGUUGUUAUAUUUCUCAGGACUGGCUGGAUGGUGGGCUACGCUGGCAUAGGCCUGUCGCUACUCAUAGUUGUUAUUUCCCUUUCGAUUGCUCUUGCCACCGUCAUGUCUGCAGUUGGUAUCUGUGAUCGAUGUGAUGUCUCCCACGGUGGAGUCUACUUUAUCGUAUCACAUGUCCUUGGCGGAAAAAUUGGAGGGUCUGUUGGCCUUCUUUAUUGUCUCGGAAAUGCCGUUGCCACAGCUAUGUAUUGUAUUGGGUUCGCAGAAUCCUUAUCUAGUCUCGUUGGCUGGAAUAACACUUGGGCAAUCAGAAGCAUUGGUCUUGUAGUCUUGCUAGCACUUCUAGCUAUUGCCAUAUCUGGCGUCAAAUGGGUGAUAAGGUUCCAGCUGGUUCUGGUCUUGAUUUUAGCUGUGGCUGUUAUGGAUUUUGUCAUAGGUACCUUGGUACACGACGAUCCAGUUGACGGCUUUACUGGGUUUAGCCAUGAGAAUUUCAAGCAAAACUCAAAGCCAAUGUUCACGGGGACGGUGCAUUUUUUCACUGUGUUCGGUGUCUUCUUCCCAGCCGCCUGCGGGGUGAUGUCUGGAGUGAACAUGAGCGGUGACUUGAAAGAUCCUGGCAAAAGUAUUCCCAUAGGGUCAGCAGCUGCACUUGGCGUCACCGGUGGAUUUUAUGUGAUUUUCAUAUUUCUUCUUGGAGCAACCUGUACUCGCGGAGCUUUGAGGGCGGAUAGUAUGAUUAUGCAAAAGAUAUCCGUGAUUGGUUUCCUAUUCUUGCUUGGGCUGUAUGUAUCCUCACUCUCAUCAAUAUUAGGAGGAGUUGUUGGGCCCCCACGAGUAUUGCAAACGAUUGCUGAAGAUAAUAUUUUACCAAUCCUUAAGCCAUUCUCAAAGCGUGGGUCGAAUAAUGAGCCGCAGAAUGCAACAUUCUUGCUAGCCUUUGUCGUUAUUCUGUUCAUCUUGAUUGGAAAAUUGAACACACUGGCCACCAUUGCAACAAUGCCAUUUCUGUUGACGUACAUUGCCAUAAACUAUUCAUAUUUUGCACUCUCGAUGAGCUACGAUCUAAAGAAGCAAGAAAAGCGUAAACAGCAGGAAAGUGAAAUUAAGGAGCAAAAUUUACCCACUUAUUUAGCAAGCAAAGAUAAAUCAAAGCCUUCAUCGUCAGCAACCGAAAACAAGUUAAGCUCACAGCCAGUCGAGAAGACGCCGUUAAUUGCAGAUUGUGAGUCGUAUGGAAGCAGAGAAGAAGAUCUUGAAGCUGCCUCUCAACCUUUUCAAAAGCAGAGCAAUGAAAAUGGAGUUCACAACAACACAGUCUCCGAAGACCGUAGAGAUAGUAUUGAAAUUCGCGAUGCUUCAUCUUUGGAAAUGAACGGAAAUGAUAAAUCUGGCAGCAAAAAGAAUAUGACUGAAACUGUAUCACCCGAUGGAUACAGAGGUAUUGAAGAGCCACAGCUAGAGUUUGUCAAAAACAAAGAGCCAGAUGCUUUGUAUUCGAAGUUAUGCAAUAGAUGGGUAUCCCUACUGACGAGUGGCAUCAGCUUUGCACUUAUGUUCUGCAUCAGCUGGACAUACUCAUUAGCAAGCAUUUCAAUUUUCCUGCUUCUAUAUAUAUUCAUAAGCCAAUCAAAUCCUGGAUUAUCACGAGGAGUUGCCUAUGAAUUCAGUAUUUCAAAAUGGGUCAAAACCUUUGGCCGGCUAAAAAGCGAUGACAAAAAUGAGAGACAAAUAGUUGUACACAGGGGUUAUGUGCCAUAUGGAAUAUCAAUGUACCAAAUGACCCAAGACAAUUCCGAUUAUGCUCUUAGAGACAGGAAACAUCAUUCCUCGGUCAUAACAAAGCCUGUACCGUAUGAUUAAUAGUUGAUUAAAUCAAAAAUAAUUUAUUCAAGACCCUGUGCUAGCAAUCAUGCAACCCGAUAGAGACAAUUGAUAAAGAGAUUCACUGAUGCACUGCAUAUGAGUAUGCAGCAGUCCAAAUGACGUAAAAGCCAAAAAUAAUUUCACUCCUCAAUAUUUUGUUGUUGCAUGUAAUUGUUAAGGCAUGUGUUGGCAAGGGUCUAUAAUCGUUUGAUGUCUGUCUUGUGUUGUUGUGUUGCUUCGUCUGUUCGAAUAAUUUAUAAUGGUUCAGUUUGCAAGUACCAUGGGUCAUAGACGCAAAUAGCUAUUUUGCGGCUCUUUUAGUAAUAAUGUUUGGUGUUAGUUUUUACAUGUAAAACAGACCUGUCAAUUUGCGAAUCUGAAAACGUCGAGCCAAGCAUAAUACCGUGGUAUUUUGGUCGGAGAUGGGAAAAUUCCAACUUUGUUAACAUCAACCUUCGACUUUCUUUUUUUUCUGAUUUGGUCAGGCACUUAUGAGCAUUUGCAUAAAGUUUUGAAAGCAUCUGAAGAGACAAUACAAUCUAUUUUGCUAAAUUGCAGUAGAUGGUGAUAGGCAAGAACUUAUAUGGAAGAAGAAACAUUUGCUCCCUUAAAGAUCAGAUGAAGCUAUUUAGGUGUUUAUUGUUCUUUAUUUAUUUAUUUAUACAAUUGUUAGUCCAGACUACUUUGCCAUCCAUCUGUAUACAUUUACAGCGUACCCCUUUCAUUUCUCAAUAUGCCUUUUACAAAGGUUCUUCCUAUUUGCCCAUCUUUGAUUUCAGUACAUAAUAAGAAUUUGUAUCCUCACCUAAAUAAAGGCAAGUUGAUUUUCUUUCAUAAAUCCAGUUAUCACCCCAAGGUCUAUUGUUCGAUUCAGCAAUUUUUCUUCCAUGUUCUUGCGAAGACAGAGCACUUUGAUGCAGUUAAGUGCUUUAAAAUGAAGUUUCUGGUUGGUAAAAUGGUUUGGUUUAGAGUAAAUUGCUGAAUGACGACAAAUAAUUCCAUUGAAAUUCAAUACUAUUCACUGGUAAGGCUAAUCAAUUAGUUUUACUAUUGACCGAAACAAAAGGCGACUCUACACAGAUUACUCUGGGGAACAGAGAGGUUUGUCUGAGAAAACAAGAUCAGGGGCGGAUACAGAAUAAAAGUUGACGGUCGCACAUAAACACUACCCGUCUUGAUUUUUUGUCUAGAAUAUUAUUUUCAUGUCUUGUAAGCGUUAACUUUCUAACUGCGAUUUGUCCCGCUAAGCAAGACUGACACACUUUGAUUGAUAAAACGCCUUAAUGGACGCCCUUAUCUUUAAGAGCGGAAUGUGCCUCGCCAACGAGGUUUGCAGGCCUUGUAGUAGUUUUGAUGGUGGCGACAAGACUGGGGCCCCGAAACGUUCAAAUUGUUCAGUCAAACAUUUUUCCCUUUUAAAAGGUUUUCCAAAUUUUCCAGCAAAUCCAAACACGCAGUUGAGACAAAAUAUCUUGAGAUUCAGAAGUGUACACUUCCUGUGCACCUCUUCCGUAUGGAUAAAGAGAAGUGGGAUUCUUCUCCUUCACAACUUUCAACCUUGUCCACUUUCUUCCCUUGCCAGCAGAUGUGCGGCACAGUAAUCUAACAUAGUGUUUACAGACUUUCCGUGCCGCACAAAUAUGUGAAAACUUAAAUUUUGAUUGGUGAGAUUUGGUAAAAUAUUUGCAUAACAAAAAUUCCUGCGUAUUUGUGCGGCACAGGCGACAAGCCUAAAAAUCAUACUGUUUACGGUCUAGGAUGGUCUUUGGAUUUCUUCUAUAUUGAGUUAAAUCGUGGCAUUUUGUGUGAGAUCGACCAAGGUUCGGUCCUGUGUUUAUUGUGUAAAGAGAGGUAAAUGUAUUAUCUGUAAGGAGGGAAAUAAAGGAUUGUGGUAAACAUGAUUGCCUAAUUUCAAUGACUGAAGACUAAAACUAAAUUCUGAAAAUCUGACGGUCUUCCGUGUGACCUGUGCGACACCCUAAAUCCGCCCCUGAACAAGAUUAUAAAGUGAGUAAAAAAUUUAUGAAAACUGUGUCAUGAUUGAUAGGUCUAUUAGAAAGCUUAAGUUUUUGAUGAGCAAAGAUUGAAUGAAGGUGAAACAAAGCGGCCAUGCUAUUGGAGAAAACUGUGGGCCAUACGUCAAUGGCAUUUUUUGACCGUUCUAAGCGUUUUGGAAUCGUUCUUGUAGAACUAGUUAGCGUUUUACGUUGUCUUGAACGUUUAAAAAUGCAGCUUAAGAUAACAGAUUUAGGGAAUUUAAAGACAAGAUAUACAUUAUGUAUUUAAAUUUCAUUUGCAUUAUUUAGAGUUAAAUUUACAAUUUAUUGUACAAGAUUUCGUUUUGAUAGUUUGAACAUCAAUAAAGACUGUUUAUUUUUAAUGAUAAUUAAGAUGCAUCAAUUUGAUUAAUUUAGACAUUUUUUCCAUUCGCUUCUUUUAAGGGAUUAUCUGUUCAACAACUUGCAAAAUACAUUUCGCAUUCCUCUCUUUAUUUAUUGUGUGUAGCGGUUUUUAAUUUAAAAUUGGAUGCAUGAACAGCUAGUUAGUCCAAGGACUGUGGGGCCUAUUAGUGAUUGCUGGGGCUCAAAGUUUUUGGAGAAGUGGAUGAACGUGCUUAAAACCAAAUAAAAGGUGGUUUUUGUACAGUUUUAAGUGUAUUUUGGGAAUGAUUGAGGCGCGAGGCCCUUUGCUCCACCCCUACUUCUGCAGUCUCUGAGCCAGUCGAAAGAAGGUCGUUUUUAAAUUGGCAUCUUGGUACUUUCGUAAGUAUGCUUUCAAAGAAAACCUCAGGUAAUCCAGCUUGAAAGAAAUGGAACUUAUCGUAGCUCGCCGUCUCUUUGUGCGUAGAACUUCUAGAAUUCUUGGGCCUUCUCUAACUAAAGGGGUGGCAACUGCCCCUCCAGUCCCGGUUUGCAUUCUCUGCGCAAGACACUCAACUUUCCCCAAUGGAAAUCCUUCAGAAAAGGCUAUGUAAAAUUCCCACAACACUAUUGACAGAAAGACAGCUAUGUUUACGAACAUGUUGAAUCAGUUUCAUUUUGCUCUUUUGCAUUAGUUCUUGUCGACAAAGUCAACGUUAUUUAGCAGCCGUGUUAAUUUAUUGUUGAAGAAUGUAUUACAUAUUUUGUUACUCAUUAUUCAUUUCAUGCAAGUUCGUAAAUUAUUGAGAAAGUAGAUUCAAUUAUAUUAGAUUCAAUAAGUACAAUAAA